UUGUUGUCAAUUUAUUGUAUUUUUAGUAGUUAAUCUUUUUUUGUAUUCUAAAAUAUUAUAUUACCCUUAAAUGUGGAAAGUAUUUCAAUAUUUUGUUAUGCAGAAAUCAAACCCUCUUAUAAUAGAAGAUAUAUAAUGUAUUUAAUUGUUAACCCAUGAAACAAAGAAGAAACAUACGACGUUAAUAAAUGGGACUACUAUUAAUAUCAGAUUUUAAAGAGUAUUUACGGAAGAUCGCUACAGAAUCGCUUUCUUAUCAUUAUGUUUUAUAGCAUUUACAAUGAAAAACUGACUGCAACAACUAAGAGUGUUCGUGUAAUUGAUAAGAACUUUAACUUUUUAGAGAUCUUUCAGUAUAUUUUGUCCAAUGGGCCAUUGUCUCAGUUGUUUCAAGAAUCAAGCUAAUGCAGAUAUUACAACAUCUCAAAGGAAGAAAGAUGAGAUGACAGAAAUUGUCACUACAAACCAAGUGCCUGCUGUCAUGGUAUCAGAUUAUCCUCAAGAAGAACCACUUCUUCGUGAUAAUGAAAAUAGUAUUACUUGUUAUAGAAACAGCACCAAUUUACAAAAUACCAACACGGUAACUUCAUUUGGGGAGCCUUGUUCAACAGAGGUAAACAAUUUGCAUAAAACACAAGCAAGUUGUGAAAAAACUCCUAAAUUAUUUUAUCAAAAGUUACCAUCAAUACCACGUACAAUGUCAUCACUAGGUUCAAGUGAUCUAAGAAUAUCUGAAAACAAGAUACAUCAAUUAUUUGACCAAUAUAAGGAUUCAUUAGAAGAUACAAUAUUAGCUGAAGGUAUUGAGAAUCUAUGUAAUGAUUUACAAUUGAACCCUGAUGAUUUUAAAGUUUUAGUACUUGCUUGGAAGUUAAAUGCUAGUCAAAUGUGUAGAUUUACAAAGUUUGAAUUUGUACAGGGGCUGAAGGAUAUGAAAACUGAUUCUAUCAAAGGUAUACAGCAGAAAUUAAAUGAAAUAACUAGUGAAUUAAAAACAGAUUCUGAGCAUUUCAAAGAUUUAUAUAGAUUCACUUUUAAAUUUGGCCUAGAUGUAAGUACAGGCCAGCGCAUACUGCCAACAGACAUUGCUAUUGUCCUCUGGCGCCUAGUUUUUACUAAUAAUGAACCUCCAAUACUAGAUAGAUGGUUGGGUUAUCUAGAAAAAAAUAAUCACAUAAGAGGUAUUCCGAAGGAUACAUGGUAUAUGUUUUUGAACUUUUGUGAGUUUGUAGGGAAUGAUCUCAGUACCUAUGAUGAUACAGAGGCUUGGCCUAGCCUUUUUGAUGAUUUUGUGGAAUAUGAAAAUGAUCAAAUGAACCAGAAUGUAACAAAAAAUGACAUAAAGAUACAGGAUUAAAAUUCUAUGUUUGCCAAAUUUUAACUAUUUUAGGUACUUAAAUAAAGAUAUUGAGACUGAUAAUCCAUUAAAAAUGUCUUAUAAUAUGGUUAUUCCUGUGUCAUAAAGUGGUGUAAGAGUAAGAUAAAGGAUGUUUUAAUAUUACAAUGAGCAAAAAGAAUAUGAAUGCAGUGCAUGUAGGAGGUACUAAUGAGAUUCAAAAUGAUUUAAUGUAUAUAUAUAUAUGUGUUAAAAUUAAUUAAUUGCAGAAGUAUUUGUACUUUUGUGUCUAGUUAUAGACUUAAGAAUAAACAUUCCAGGAAUGGAAUUAGCCAAAAUCUGUAUAUAAUUAUAAAUAUCUUUGCAAUUUUGGUUGCUUAAAAUAUUAAAUUAUAAUGAUGUACCAUAA